CAUAGAUCGCUCCGCUCGCCAGUGACGUGUUUCCGGUCUGGCUGGCUGAUAGGGGAAAGUCUGGUAAGAGUUAAGGAGGCGGGAACGGAAGUGACGUGGGAGAGUAAUUAGUACCCGGUGUAAGGAGGAACACGUGGGAUCCUGGGUGAGUGUUCACAUAGCAAUGGGCGCUGCAUGUACUGCUGGGAGAGUGAUUAAUAAACCAGCCUGGCACUGCUAGUAAUAUUAUAAUACAGCCUGGCACUGCUAGUGAUAUUAUAAUACAGCCUGGCACUGCUAGUAAUAUUAUAAUACAGCCUGACACUGCUAGUAAUAUAAUAAUACAGCCUGGCACUGCUAGUAAUAUAAUAAUACAGCCUGGCACUGCUAGUAAUAUUAUAAUACAGCCUGGCACUGCUAGUGAUAUAAUACAGCCUGACACUGCUAGUAAUAUUAUAAUACAGCCUGGCACUGCUAGUAAUAUAAUAAUACAGCCUGGCACUGCUAGUAAUAUAAUAAUACAGCCUGGCACUGCUAGUAAUAUUAUAAUACAGCCUGGCACUGCUAGUAAUAUAAUAAUACAGCCUGGCACUGCUAGUAAUAUUAUAAUACAGCCUGGCACUGCUAGUGAUAUUAUAAUACAGCCUGGCACUGCUAGUGAUAUUAUAAUACAGCCUGGCACUGCUAGUGAUAUUAUAAUACAGCCUGGCACUGCUAGUAAUAUUAUAAUACAGCCUGACACUGCUAGUAAUAUAAUAAUACAGCCUGGCACUGCUAGUAAUAUUAUAAUACAGCCUGACACUGCUAGUGAUAUAAUAAUACAGCCUGGCACUGCUAGUAAUAUAAUACAGCCUGGCACUGCUAGUAAUAUUAUAAUACAGCCUGACACUGCUAGUAAUAUUAUAAUACAGCUUGACACUGCUAGUAAUAUUAUAAUACAGCCUGACACUGCUAGUAAUAUAAUAAUACAGCCUGACACUGCUAGUAAUAUAAUAAUACAGCCUGACACUGCUAGUAAUAUAAUAAUACAGCCUGACACUGCUAGUAAUAUAAUAAUACAGCAUGGCACUGCUAGUAAUAUAAUAAUACAGCCUGGCACUGCUAGUAAUAUUAUAAUACAGCCUGGCACUGCUAGUGAUAUAAUAAUACAGCCUGGCACUGCUAGUGAUAUAAUAAUACAGCCUGGCACUGCUAGUGAUAUUAUAAUACAGCCUGGCACUGCUAGUAAUAUUAUAAUACAGCCUGACACUGCUAGUAAUAUAAUAAUACACUGCUAGUAAUAUUAUAAUACAGCCUGACACUGCUACUGCUAGUAAUAUAAUAAUACAGCCUGACACUGCUAGUAAUAUAAUAAUACAGCCUGGCACUGCUAGUAAUAUAAUAAUACAGCCUGACACUGCUAGUAAUAUUAUAAUACAGCCUGACACUGCUAGUAAUAAUAUAAUACAGCCUGACACUGCUAGUAAUAUAUAAUACAGCCUGACACUGCUAGUAAUAUAAUAAUACAGCCUGACACUGCUAGUAAUAUAAUAAUACAGCCUGACACUGCUAGUAAUAUAAUAAUACAGCAUGGCACUGCUAGUAAUAUAAUAAUACAGCCUGACACUGCUAGUAAUAAUAUAAUACAGCCUGACCCUGCUAGUAAUAUAAUAAUACAGCUUGACACUGCUAGUGAUAUUAUAAUACAGCCUGACACUGCUAGUAAUAAUAUAAUACAGCCUGACACUGCUAGUAAUAUAAUAAUACAGCCUGGCACUGCUAGUAAUAUAAUAAUACAGCCUGGCACUGCUAGUAAUAUAAUAAUACAGCCUGACACUGCUAGUAAUAAUAUAAUACAGCCUGACACUGCUAGUAAUAAUAUAAUACAGCCUGACACUGCUAGUAAUAUUAUAAUACAGCCUGACACUGCUAGUAAUAUUAUAAUACAGCCUGACACUGCUAGUAAUAUUAUAAUACAGCCUGACACUGCUAGUAAUAUUAUAAUACAGCCUGACACUGCUAGUAAUAAUAUAAUAUAGCCUGGUACUGCUAGUACUAUUAUAAUACAGCCUGGCAUUGUGAGUAAUAUAAUAAUACAGCAUGGCAAAUAUUUGUUAUUGAAAGUCCACCAAAUGCACAUCAACUUAAUCUCACCCAGAAGGGGGUUCCAGAUUCAAAUUGCAGACAUGCUACCUGUUUUAUUUUAAUUUUUUUUUUACUACUCUGGCACACAUGGUCCUUGCUGAGAAACAAUGAAUAUAAUGGAGUUGGUAAUUUAGUGGUAUGGUCCUUCUAUUAAUUGUCAUGGUUUUUCUUUUAGCUCAGAAUAAUUUGGCCCUCUGACACCAACUCUACAUCGUCCAUCAUGGUGUUUUUUACAUGCAAUGCUUGUGGGGAAUCCCUGAAGAAAGGCCAAGUGGAGAAACACCUUGUAAUUUGCAGAAACUGUGAAUGUCUCUCGUGUAUUGACUGUAGUAAAGAUUUCUGGUUUGUACCCAAUUAUUUAUUUGCAAUUGUUAUCAAAUGUGCUAUCAAUCAAAAAUCUAAAGAAAAUCUGAAUUAUUAGAACUUCUUUCCAACAAUCAGUAUGUUGCCAAUCCCCUCUGCCCACUCCCUACCCUCCAGCAUACCCCUACCCUCCAGCACACAAAGGGUUAAAAACUCUUAAUUCACUUACCUGAAUCCAACAUAGAUCUUCCUCGGCGCUGGGUCAGGCUCCGCCUCCACUCCUCAACCGACAUCAUGGGCUUGCGCCAGAAUCACAUUAGGACAACCUUAUUUAAAAAAAAAAACCUGAAUCGAUGGUUUCCUAUGGGGUUUUUGCUGUCUCUGGAUGUCGUCUCGCAAAGACAGAGUUAACCCUGCAAUGUAAUUAUUAUAGUUUCUCAAUAACUGCAAUAAUUCUAAUUGAAGGGUUAAACUGACAAUGGUCUGGGUGCCUAUAGUGUCCCUUUAACUGUAACCUAAUCUACAACUUGCAUUCAGCGUAUAGGAGCUUGGAUUCUCCUCAUAUUUUUAUUUUGUAUAUAUUUAUGUAUGUCUACAAUUGUACUAAUUUACACUUUAUGCGCUGUUCUGAGUUUUUUGUUUUCCAUUUCAAAACAGGGGACAGGAAUACAAGAACCAUUUAAAAUGUAUUUCUGAAGACCAGAAAUAUGGCGGCAAAGGAUUUGAAGCCAAGUCAAACAAAGGGGAUGUGAAACAACAGCAGUGGAUCCAAGUAAGCAGAUCAUUCUCCUUCCCAGGGCCUAUUGCAACCAUCCACUCCAGAAGUUAACUACAUUACAGCCAUGAUGCUGGCAAAAUGAAGUCCACAAUAUUCAGAAUGCUAAAUGUUGCCUUUGCUUGGCCAUUCUAAUUCACAUGUGUUCAGAGUUGGUUGUCAAGUAAACCUGGGUAAAGAUGCUAUGUUUCAAUUCUCUUUGUUGUAAGCAUAAAACUCACCAGUGCUUUACCUGCCUUAAUCCCUUAAGGACACAUGACAUGUGUGACAUGUCAUGAUUCCCUUUUAUUCCAGAAGUUGUGUCCUUAAGGGGUUAAUAAAACAUUAAAAUCACCUAGAACGUGUGCUAACCUUUUUGUUUUGGCAUCUAAUAUUUGGUGGUAGUCAGAGGGUUUGUUGUUUGAGCCAUUUAAAUUUCCUUUACUUAUUAUAAUCGCUUGCAUUAUUUACAGCUGAGGUAUUUUUUUAGACUCUGCUGAUGUAUUGUGAUCCCUUGCUUGGCUCUCAAUUUGUGAAAUUAUAAUAUAGAUGCAUUCAACUUUUAUUUGACCAAUUCUGCUUAACUUAACUUUCCUGCUGCUGUGAUUGUUUUAUGUGAAACUGCAGCAGCGGGCAAGCUAGAAGGAGUAGCAAUUGGGAAAAAUAAUACUAGUCUGACCCAACGUUGCUCCCGAGCCAGAUAAGUGACAUUUUCUAAAUAAACAAAAAAAAAAAAAACGUAAACAUAAUUUAAAAAAAUGUGAUUUAAUUAAAGAAUCACAAUAGUAACCAAAACACUUUAGCUUAAGGAAGCGGUUUUAGGCUAUAGAUAAUGUCUCUGAACUUUCCCUGCUCAAUUCACUGCCAUUUAGGAGUUAAAUCACUUUUGUUUAUGUAUAUGCAGCUCUAGCUACACCUCCCAUAGCUGUGACUGACAGUCUGCAUGAAAAUAAAAUGGUUUAUUUUCAAUCAGAUGUAACCUACUUUAAAAGUUUAUUAUAUAUAUAUAUAUAUAUAUAUAUAUAUAUAUAUAUAUAUAUAUAUAUAUAUAUAUAUAUAUAUAUAUAUAUAUAUAUAUAUAUAUAUAGUGACAAAAGUACUCCUUUCCCUUGGUACUUUGUCCUGGGAUUGGGGUGUUACACACAGUCUUUUCAGGCUUUAGAGACACUUCACACGCUGGAUGAGGUAAACUGACUUGCUCUUUUAUUGAGGUUCCAAAAUAAAUGCACAGUAAGGUAUAAAGGUAACAAAAUAUAUCAAACAAAAGCCUUGCUCUUCUGAGCACUAACUAAACAAAAUAAUCAGCUAACUGGGUUGGAUGGCUUGUCCAUUUCCCAACAUAAACAUAAACAUAAACAGCCUUACUGCUUCAGGGUUUUCAGCUCUCUGUUUCCACUCACAGAAACCAAAGACAAUAUUGCACCAACCUUAUUAGAGAGCAACGCUCUGCUAUCUAACCUGUUGCUUUCCUUUCUGCACUCCCAGUGCUCCAAGCCAGCCUUGCCCUGACUGCUUUGCUUUCUGCACUCCCAGUGCUCCAAGCCAGCCUUGCCCUGACUGCUUUCCUAUCUGCACUCCCAGUGCUCCAAGCCAGUCUUGCCCUGACUGCUUCCUUUCUGCACUCCAAGUGCCUAGUCUCCUUGACUAUCUGGAGAGAACAGCCUCUCUCUCCUACCUGCUUCCUGGGAGGAAGCCAGCAAUCCCUCUCUUUUACCUGCCUAGCAGGGAGGGGCUUAUUACCACUGCAAUAGCUCAUUAACUGCACCUGAGCAGUGGGUUGGAGACGGUCCAAAAAACCCUGGCCUGGAUCUAUGUCUCCCCAGAAAACCACUAAACUGUGGAGUGGAGCAUUGGCCCACCCUUCUCUCCAAAUGCUCCACCCCAGGGGCCCAUAACUAAACAGCAUUUUGUGUUGCCUACAACACAUCCUACACAUACUCCCCCUGGGGUUAAAAGGCCUAUCUGCCUUCACUUUAUCACAAUAUAUAUAUAUAUAUAUAUAUAUAUAUAUAUAUAUAUAUCUCUCCUGCUCUGUAAAUUGAAAUUUAAUCAUAUAAAGGAGGUUCAUGCAGGGUCUAGCAAGCUAUUAACAGUGCAGUGGAUAAGGAAUUCUAGAUUAAACAGAAUUUGUGAUAAAGGAAGUGCAAACAUUAGAUGGCUCUUUACAGGAAAUGUUUAGGAAGACUGUGUAAGUCACAUGCAGGGAGGUGUGCCUAGGGCUGCAUAAACAAAGUGAUUUAACUCCUAUAUUGCAGAGAAUUGAACAGUGAAACUGCAGGGCAUAAUCUAUACAAAAAUGUAAUUAAACUAAAGUUGUUUUGGUGACAAUAGGGUCCCUUUGAAUGUAAUAAACCUUUUUAAAAAAUGAGACGUUAAAAGCAACUCUAACAUUUUUAAAAUAUCUUAAUAUAAUCUUUGUUAUAAUGUACCCAUGUCUUUAUGGUUUGUGUGUAUUUUAUUUAUUCAUGUAUAUUGAAAUUUGUGAAGAAAUCACUUGCCUACCUUUCCCACUCCUCACUUUGAUUGCUCACUAUUUUUUUUUUUUUAAUUUUUUUUUUUUCCUCUCUCAUCUGGCUAUACCUUGUAUAUCCUACCUACACACUUCUUGAAAAAGAGAUUCCAUUAUUUAGCUUCCCUUAUUGCACAGUGUGUUUAAUUUAGAAUGUUGUAUCUCCUGCUCUGUUUGUAGCAUGCAGGAACCUCCUGUGUGUGAUUUAAGUUUCCAUUAAUGAACCAGGAGAUAAUAACUUCAAAGGUAAACACACUGUUCUGUAAGAUGUGAUUUGAAAAUAAAACCAUUUUUCAUAGAGACUGUGAGUCACAGCCAUGAGAGGUAUGGCAAGGGUUGCAUAAACAAAAUUAUUUUUUAACUCCAAAAGAGAACUGAGCAGUAAGACUGCAACAAAACCCCUUAAUUAAGCCAUUGUUGUUUUAGUGCUUGUAGUGUCUCUUUAAGUAUAUACCAGGUUAGAAGGUGAGAAGGUGUCAGAGGUACUUAUUUAAUUACUGCUGUGCUGUUUGUACUGCUAUCAUAUGUAUUUUUCUUAAUUUAACAGAAGCUUCAGGAGAUAAUGAAGAAGCCGGACAUAAGUCCAAAUAUACGGAAGAUUUUAAACCAAAUUAGCACCUAUGAUAAUAUUCCAAGGAAAAAAGCCAAAUUCCAGGUAUGUUUAAAUUUAUAAAGUAAUUUUCUAUUUACAGACCUUUGUUUGGUAGAACCAGAGCUUAAAGAGGCUCCAUCGCUAGUAGUCCCUACUUUUCGCUAUGUAUUUUAAGAAAAAUAAAACCGAAAAGAACAGAUGGAAACAGGGAAAUGAGAAGAAUCAAACUGAGGAAUGUUAAAGGACCACUAUAGUGCCAGGAAAACAUACUCGUUUUCCUGGCACUAUAGUGCCCUGAGGGUGCCCCCACCCUCAAGGACCCCCUCCCGCCCGGCUCUGGGGAGAGGAAAGGGGUAAAAACUUACCUUUUUCCAGCGCUGGGCGCGCGCAUUCAGCCGGUCUCAUAGGAAAGCAUUUACAAUGCUUUUCUAUGGACGCUGGCGUGCUCUCACUGUGAUUUUCACAGUGAGAAGCACGCAAUCGCCUCUAGUGGCUGUCAAUGAGACAGCCACUAGAGGAUUAGGGGGAAGGCUUAACCCAUUAAUAAUUAUAGCCGUUUCUCUGAAACUGCUAUAAUUAUGAAAAAAUGGGUUAACCCUAGAAGGACCUGGCACCCAGACCACUUCAUUAAGCUGAAGUGGUCUGGGUGCCUAGAGUGGUCCUUUAAGUUUGAGGUGACGUAGAAGCUUUAAUGGUUUCUCUAAUCUACAUAGUAAUAUACUGUGGGGAAAAAUGGAUUCAUUAAUUAGAUAUCAUAUUAAACUUAAGAAAAAACAUUUAAUAAUGCUACUGACACUUCAAAUGUCCAUAGUAGACAGUCUGCCCUCAUAUGUACCUGCAAACCGAGAUUCUUUUGGUAUGAUUUACGCGAUCCUAUUCUUAUCCAAAACAUUUCUGUGCUGUAGGUGUUUAUAGAUUUAUGUAGUUAAUCUCCUAGAAACUAUUCCACGUCUCAAAUAAAUUGUGAAACUGUUCAGUAAACUGAUAACACUCCUACACACAGUCUGGUUUACUUUUUAGUGAAACAAUUGUACAUAUUGAUCGCCAGAGCUAGUAAUAGAGAGAGAGCUCAGUUCAAGUUGUGCAACCAGGGGGUGAGAAUCCCACUUGCCUGUUUGAUAGUUUUAGGGAGCUGUUUCGUAGAUGCAGGGAUUUUGUAAACGAUUGCUGCAAUUAUGAACGACCCUCACCAGUGAGAAUGGGUGCAAUGCGCUCUCUGGCACCGUCAAGUUUGCAAUAAUGCAAUAUUUUUUGAUGCUUAUCUUAACUCUCUAAUAUUUUGUGUUCCUGGGCAAGGGAGCUUGGUUAUAACUUUUUAUUUAUUUAUUUAAACUUUUCUUAUGUUGGAAACCAGGCCACUUCAUACGAUAAUACGUUUCAGUGAGUCUGUGAGAUAUCUUUACGAAGCACAGAAUGAUGUUGACACGGCCAAAAAGUUUUAUGUGCAACCCAUUCUGUUAUUCCAAAAGGCAAAUUUGAUUAUUUCAGCUGCAUGUACUCUACAAUUCAGUUGCACUCAUAACCCCAGAGCCUCCAGUAAACCACUUGACCAAACUCAUAAUUUCCCCCACACCUGAUUGUAACUUUGGUAAACUGUCUUAAAGGGAAAUGAAAGUGGAAUAGCCUGCUUUAGGGGUUAUGCCGCUCUUUGUUCAGUAGAUUGAAAUUAUUUCAGACAUUUACCGGCAAUGAUCUUUUUGGUUUUAAGAUUGUCAACAUGGGUUGUUGAGAUUGUUGUGUUGACUUAAAAAGAUGUAUACUACUAUCCAUAGAUGUUAUAUUAAGAAAGAUAAGAGAUUCCAGGACCUAAUGUCACAGUAUCACAACACUUUAUAUUAAAAACUGCUUACUAGAGUCAAUGGUGGGCUUUCUCAGCCGGAUGCCCACAAUCUCACCUUAAAAUAUUUUCCAUAAGCGCCAGCCAAGCCAGUUUUUUUUAAAUAAAUAUUUUAGUUUUUAUUAUUCUCUCAAAGUAGGGCUUCCUGGUCCACCUCCUAAUCAAGUCAAUGGUGACGCUUUGCCCGCCUCCCUUGGGUUUCUUCUGACAAUGUUGUCUCUUCACAUUUCGGUUUUUAUAUGCAUUGCACUGCCCUUUCUCUCCUUCUAUUGGUUGGGUGCGGUGCUACCAUUGAGAGAACCGGAUAUUCAAAGUCAUUUUCAGUCUUUACUUAAAUUCGUUAAUUUCAGCUAUUCCGAUAUUAAAUAUUCGCAGAGUACAAUCAAAGAAAUGCAUUCACACAUAAAUAGCUAUGCAUGUAAAGCCUUAGAUGUUAUCAUUUUGUUGACAGUUGGAGAUUAUUUCAAAGAGGAAUAUUAUUAAAACUUGUGAAAGUUAUGGACUGUUUUUUCUUAAGAAUUCAUAAAAUAAAUGACUUAAUUUUCUUUUUCCAUCAGAACUGGAUGACGAACAGCUUAAACAUUAACAAUCAAGCAUUGCAGGAUCAGAUUUGGGUGAUUUUCGCUGAAGCUACAAGCACUGUAAGUAAUAAACACCGGAAAUUAAAGUGUGAUUUUCUUCUACAGAACUCUUUCACUAACCAGCAAAUGUCAUCCCAGGUUAAAGGAUCACUUUAGUGUCAGGAAAACAAAGCAGUUUUCCUGACAAUAUAGUGACCUGAGGGUGCCCCCAUCCUCAGGGUCCCCCUCCCGUGGCGCUGAAGGGUUUAAAACUCCUUCAGCUUUCCUUAAUCCAGCGCCGGGCUCCCACUCUGUCACAGGAGCCGAAUGCGCAUGCGCAGCAAGUGCCGUGCGUGCAUUCAAAGUGUCCAUAGGAAAGCAUUUCUCAAUGCUUUCCUAUGGAAGAUCUGUGCGAUGGAUGCAUAAUAUGCCUCCAGCGUCGCAGAUGCGACUCUAGUGGCUCUUCGGAAGACAGCCACUAGAGGCUGUCUUAACCCCAAAUGUAAACAAAGCAGUUUCUCUAAAACUGCUAUGUUUGCAUCUGAAGGGUUAAAACCUGAGGGACCUGGCACCCAGACCACUUCAUUGAGCUGGGUCGGCCCCUUUAGGGUCCCCGAAGGUGUAAAGAUGACCUCUGCAAAGUAUGUGGAGUUUCUGACUGACCACUUUCUUCCCUGGUACAGAAGGAAGAACUAUGCUUUCCGUAAUAAAAUCAUCUUCAUGCAUGACAAUGCACCAUCUCAUGCUGCAAAGAAUACCUCUGCAUCAAUGGCUGCUAUGGGCAUAAAAGGAGAGAAAGUCAUGGUGUGGCCUCCAUCCUCCCCUGACCUCAAUCCUAUUGAGAACCUUUGGAGCAUCCUCAAGCAAAAGAUCUAUGAGGGUGGGAGGCAGUUUACAUCCAAACAGCAGCUCUGGGAGGCUAUUCUGACAUCUUGCAAACAAAUUCAAGCAGAAACUGUCCAAAAACUCACAAGUUCAAUGGAUGCAAGACUUGUGAAGCUGCUAUCAAAUAAGGGGUCCUAUGUUAAAAUGUAAUGUGACCUGUUAAAAUGUUUAAAAAGUUAAAAUGUUGUUAUAAGUUUGAUUGAAAUAGCUUUUGAUUUCAGUAAAUAUGCUGCAAACACAACAAAUGACAAUUUUCAGUUCUUUACAACCUAUAAAGUGUUUUGAAACUUACUGUGCGUAAUAAUUUGGAACAGUGCAUUGUAAGUUUAUGUUGAGAAAAAAAACAACUUAUCAUUUGGAGGUUUGCUCAAUAAAAUUUGAAUUGUACUCUUAAUAGUUGAUAACAUGAGAAUUAUGCUGACUGUUAAUUAGGUAAAUGAGAAAAAUAUCAUUUGCAUAAUAAUUUGGAACAGGGUGUAUUUCUAGCGCUAUAGUAUCAAUGUCCCUAUCCAUUUUUAGGCCCCUAACCAUGCACAAUGAAAUUUUAAUAAAAGUAAGUUUACUCCCCUUCCCUGCAGUGCUGAGUCUCCCUCUGUGCUGCUACAUGCUCUUACUCACUUGAUAUCAUCCUGGAGGCUUGACUCAUAGUGUAUCAUUGGGAACCAUAGCUGGCCACGAGCCGCUAAUGAUUUUGUUCUAGAGAAUAGAAGCAUGCAGUUAUUCUUUGACUGAUUGUGAUGGCACUGUACAUGCGUGCAAUGACCUUGUAGUAUACCUGGAUUUGAGCGCUACGACUUGACAGUCCAAGCCUUCUAACUAUUAAAACACUGUAAGCGGUUACAAGGAAGGGGGGAAACUACUGUAGGUACUGUAACAACUUUAUUUAGAUUUUUCACACUUGUCCACUUUUUGGGUUGAAGGCACAAGUUAAAAUGGUUGUGUUUUUAUUUAAAUUUUUUUUUUAUUUGUUUUGCUCAGCCUCAGAUCACUUUGGGAACCAGAACAAGCCAGAAGGGAUUUGUGUCUAGGUAAUAAGAUAUGUUUUGGUUCAGUGCCCUGCUAACCGUUAUAAGGGUCUAUCUUGCCUUUAGGGCUCAGACUGAACUGUUGGGUAAUGGGUUUUAUACUUGUGGCAUACAACAGUUUCCUCCUCCUCCUCCUUCCUUCCCAUCUCCAAACAUUUUGUGACAAGUUGUGACCAGCUGUAAUGUUUAGGAGUAGUAGAAGCCAAUGCUGCUUGCUGUUUAUUACUUUAAUAAUCCAGUUUUGGCACAUGCAUACAUUUUUAAGUAGUCUAAUGCAAGGAUAGGAUGUCCACAUUUGUGUUAAUCUUUGUUUAUUAGUGUUUCUAUGUGUCUGUCUUUAGUGUGUUGAUGUAUUCCUCUUUCUUUAUACUUAGUUGUAUGUGUCCUUCUUUGCGAAUCUAUCUGUUCAUCUUUAGACAAAUGUUUCUCUUUUUGUGUUUGCCUGUAUUAAAAUUUUUACCAGUUUUGUUUCUGCCAGUUUUAUCAUUAUUUGUUUUGAGGGGUGGAAUGUGGAUAUCUGGAUAGGAAGCAGAGACUAAAUCUACAGCCGUGGAGUAUAGGGGUUAUCACAUAGGUGAAGUGUUCUGAGGAUGGAAUCAGGAUUGAGCCAUGGGUCCCACAUUUUUGCUUUAAACUGAAGCCUGAGGUUCUUUUGGAACUUAUCAACAGUCCUGUAUCUUUACACUUUUUGUUUUGUUUUCUGCCGAAACAAAAAUGUAGCAUGAAUAAUUCUGACUUCUAUUUUAACUCCUAAGGGAAACGGUAAUCAAAAUAAUGCAAAGCAGUCAGAGAGUGCACCUACUGAAACCCAGUCUGAACUUGCAGAGCAUUUAGAAGAAAGUGAGAAGAAAAAAAACAAAAGGGAACGUAAGGAAGAAAGACAAAAAAAGAAUAAAAAAGAAAAGAAAGAAAUGGCAGAAGAGCAAACAGAAAAUGGGAAAAAGAAAAAAGGCAAAAAGCGUAAGAUGGAAGACCAGGAGAAAAAUGAAGAUAAGGAAUCUGAAGCCAUAGAGGACAUGCCAAAGGGAAAGAAGAAGAAACGAGCUGCUGAAAGCAUACAGAACGGUCACAAUGAAGGCGAUGCACCAAAACUCAGUAAAAAACGAAAGCACAAAGAAUCUGAAGGUAUGCUCCUUAUUGUUAUGAUCACCAGUAAAGUGAAUUAUUUUCGGUACCUUUUUUACCUAUAAUUUUGCUUAACUUGGAGAAUAAUCAUUCUCCCUCACCAGUCUUUUAAUAUUCCUGGAGGAGAGAAGCACUCUAAUCAUUUAGUUAGGUGAAGUUAUGCAGCCUGCAAUUUGAUUGGAGUUUGCGGCUGGUUGUUAAGCCUGCAGGAAGAUGUGGAAGCGGCUUUGUGACUCCUCUUGGCAUAUUGUGUAAAAUGAAAUCUGUGGAGUAAAUGGUGUGCUCGAACCUCUGUGUCAGUGUCUGUGAUCCUGUCUGUUGUGUGUGUGAGCGCUUACAGUGCAACAGUCUGUGUGCAUAGAAUGAAUAUAGCAGUGCAUGCUAGUGACAAAAGUACCUAUAUUUAUUUGCACUUUCCUAGGAUUUGCAUGUUCUUGCAGACUAGGAAGUAGCUGACACCUGUCUGCCAGUUUUACAGUCAUCCAACUUAGAAUGCUGAGCAUACCAUAUAAAACCCUACUUGAAGUGUUCCAAUAAUAAUAAUUAAUAACUACGAUGUCCCGAGGCUGUCUUGAUAUAAUGGUACUUGUUAUGAAGUGAUUAAAUCAAAGCCUGACAGAGUGGACUUUGCAAAUUACUAUAUACAAACCUAAUUUAAAAGACUCAUGUGUCGCACAAUCAUGUAAAACCAUUUACAGAAUACUUGUUUUUACGUUGAAGGAGAGCUGCCCGAAGAAAUGCCGGAACAAAAUUCAGCUGAUGAGAACGAAAAUAACGAGACAGGCCGAGGUAAAACUCCUUCAAACACUUCUGUUCUGAAAGUCCAAUUUCUCACUUAUUCACUUAUUGUAGAUUUGAUAAUAUAUAGCAUGCUCCUCUAGCUGAUUAAAAGUCUCACUCAAUUACCUCUUCAUUCCCUUUAUAUUUUACCAAUAGCUGCAACUCUCUGUUAACUUCAUUUAGCAAUCACUUCCAAAUUUCGCCUGCUACCUCUUGUCUCAAAUCCCCACCGUAUACUUUAGAUUGUAAGCUCACGGGCUAUCUAGCUAAGCACUUUGUAUAAAAAAAAUUAAAAAAAACUUAAAUGGCUAGAUCUCCGCUUACGGGCAGGGCCCUCUCUACAUUUUGUAAUUGUCAGUAUAUAUUGUACGUUCUCCACUAAUUGUACAGCGCUGUGGAAUUUGUUGGCGCUUUAUAAAUAAAUAAUCUUAUGUAUGAUUGUUUUAUAUUUCAGGUAAAUUUAAUUGGAAGGGAACCAUCAAAGCACUACUACAACAAGCUCCUGACCAUGAACUACCAAUAAAGAGACUGAGGAAGAAGGUAUCUCUCACAAAUACUGCUUAAUGCAUUAUACCGGGGGCUUAUUACCUAAACAGUAAAGUUAUAAAUUGUAUUUUACAAAGGAAUGUUCCUAACUUAGCCAGUUUGGACUAAACUUUGCACAUUUAAUUUACCUAAAUUCCCUGUGUAGCGGUUGGCUUUUUGUAUUUAUGGCUUCAUACUUUAGUGUGCUAGAUUUUUUAUUUUGUAUAUUUUUGGAAUUAUUUUAGAAUGCUUCAAUUCUCAGGUAAUUUUAUUUUUUUUCUCCUUUUCCCCUUCCCUUGGUUUUUAACUUAGAGGAAUUUUAUUUCACCACCAAAAAUGAUGGUUGAGGGGGAAGAUCACCUUGUAGAGCAGUCUUGUCACAUUUGUAAGGGGGGGGAAAGAAGACUACCCAAAAUGCAACAUUUAAGAAGCCCAUGAGUAUGUUUGCAGUUGAUACCAUUUGAGUUUUUUUCACUAAACUGUGAAUUGUGGAAAAUUGUUUAACAAAUUGCUGUUUCAGGAGAAAUCGGUUGUGCAGAAAUAUAGCAUAGUCUUUUUUUUUUUUUUUUCUCACUUUGCAAUCCUAUUUCCACUUUUCUUUUUUUUACUUCAACCUUGAUUCACAAAUAACUUAAACAAAGUUUCAGUUUUAAAUAACUUGCUUUCUAGAGUGCCUGUUCUAGAUGUGUCAUUAUUAUACUUGUGAUUUGUCUGUCUGUAGGUCCUCGCGCAGUACUACACAAUAUCGUCUGCACAACACAAAUCUGAAGAGGAACUUCUUUCAACAUUCAAUAAAAAACUGCGCAGCAAUCCGAAAUUCAGAGUUUUAAAAGAAAAAGUAAAACUCUUACAAUAAGGAAAUCCUGAAAAUAUAUGUAAAUGUAUUAUUAAAGUUAAACUUGCUCAUGGCAUUCCUUAAAAAAAGAAAAAAUGUUUGCUUGUUUUUAUAUAAUUAUUCUCAGGAACAAUCCCAGUUCAAAAAACCGUUUUGCAUAACAGAGUUUUAUUGCAUGAAUGUUUUUAAAGUUUUUUAUUCAAUCCCUUAUUUUGGGUAAGUUGAUUUCUAGUUUUGCAUCUGCUUUCGCAAUAAGAAUUGUAAAGAAAGUUUACCUUUUUACAUCUAAAUUAAAGAAAUCCCAUUUAACUCUCUGCAACAUAAAGAUGCUUCUACUGUGCUUUGUUUUUUAAUUUUUUUUUCUCUUCUGCUUCCUUUUUUUUGAGCUUCACGCUAAGCUAUACUGUACCCGCCUUUCCCCCUUCUCUGUGAGCUGUAUUACAGCUCAUUGAGAAGAAUCGAAAAGCUGCAUUAUGUGCACCUCCAACACAGAGGUUUCUCAAUGAAAAGCCUUUGAUCUGAGUAUUCCCCAGCACAGACUUAAAGGGACAUUAUUAGCACCCCAUCUCAAUUAAGUGAUCUGGGUGCCCUGUUCCUGUAGUUUUAACCCUGCAAAUGACAACUUGAUUACAUUGUAUGGUUUAAAUGCCUCUAGUGGCUGUCACACUGAUCCUAUUUCAAUAGGAUUGUCUCAUAAACACCAUCUGAUUCAUGCAGCAUGGUGUUUUGCCCCCUUGUGCGCAUUAGCCCCCCCCAUACUUUUCUAUGCUUUCCUUGAUAAGCUCAGCCAAACAGGCAUGCAAGCAGGACAGAGACCAGCGCAGCGAGGGAUGAAAGGUAAUUACAUUUCACCCUUCGAGCCCUUUUACGGCUGGGGAUGUUUCUACAGAUCGAUUAAAACUAUAAUGUUGGGAAUACAUGUUUGUAUUCCUUCCACUAUAGUGUUCCUUGAAAGCCUGUGUUGGGUAUAAAGGUUACAUGUUGAAAAGGCUAUGGAGAAGAGAUCUGCAGUUUUUGCAAGCUGCAUUAGAUAAUAACCAGUUUGACAAACCACCACUUUUCCAGGUAGGAUUUUAUGGAUCGUAUGGUAACCACAGCCUUCUAGGGUCAUCGAAGUCCAAGACACACCCAGC